GGUGUACUCUACAAGAUCGACCAAUUUAGUCGGAGGUGAAAUUGGAUAGCAUUGGAUGAACGUGCGUGGAUCACGCCAACAGCCUGAGCACAUUUUUGGAAACAGACUCUUCAAUCGCAUUGUUGAUCCAGCAAGACAAGACUGGGAGGACGGACUAUGUCGUUCGUCAACAGGCUCCUCGGCCUGACCAACUUCAAGAACCCGCUGCUGCGGACGCUCGUGCCCAGCGUGUCGGCCGCCUUCGCCAUCCAGACGGCCUUUGCCAUCCCGUCCAUCGCCGCCCAGUCCGACCGCUUCUACGACUUCUCGGGCGCGCUGAGCUUCGUCACCGUCACGGCCCUAAGCCUGUACCUCCCUGCUCUGCGAGCGCGCUACGCAGCGCCGCUGUCGUCGUCUUCGAAAGCUGUCGCGCUCCCCAGCUUGCUUGCCCCCUUUAAAGGAGCCGGGGAGCCACUUGGCUUCGAUUGGCGGCAGGUUGUCCUGAGCGGCGCCGUCGUCAUCUGGGCCACUAGACUGGGAUCCUACUUGUUCCAGCGCGUCCUGCAGGAGGGCAAGGAUUCGCGCUUCGACGAGAUCAAGAAGACGCCGUCCAAGUUCUGCGUCGCCUUCAUGGCGCAGGCCACGUGGGUGUCGCUGAGCCUGAUGCCCAUAAUGGCCGUCAACUCGGUGCCGGCCGCCGCGCUGGCCGGCGGCGCGAGGCUCAGGCUCACGGACCUGCUCGGCCUGUCGCUGUAUCUCGGCGGCAUCGCGUUCGAGAUCGUCGCCGACCGCCAGAAAUCCAGGUGGACUCGCGAGAAGCGCGCCAAGUUGCACGACGAGCAGUUUCUGACCAAGGGGUUGUGGAGUAAGAGCCGACACCCGAACUACUUUGGCGAAUCGACGCUGUGGCUCGGCCUAGCGACGGCCUCGGCCGGCGUGCUUCUCGCGCGCCCCGUACAGGCCGUGCUGGGCGGCCUGAGCCCCGCCGUCGCGCUGUCGCUGUGCUAUGUCAGCCCCGCCUUUGUCACGUUUCUACUACUCAAGGUCAGCGGCGUGCCCCUGAGCGAGAAGAAGUACGACCGCCUCUACGGCGGCCGCAAGGACUACCAGGACUGGAAGCGGAACACGCCCAAGUUCUUUCCGAAUCUGUUCUGACAUGCCGCUGUUGGCAGUGUAUUCUGUUGGUUGGCAAGGGGGGCGGAUGGCUUGGCCCUGUUCGAGGUUGGAUAGACUCGGAAGUGUUCAGCGAAAGUAUUUCUCAGUUUCAUUGUAAUUACUCUGCGGCGUAUAUUAAACAGAUACUACCAAAGCAAUAUAAUACCGUCUUCGUAA